AUGAUAAGGGUGCGGGGGAGGGUGUCGUCAGCCGGCGAGUAUGGAGUUAACGCGGCGCCUCUGUCCCUGCGCUGUAGGCAGCAGCUCGCGCUGGCGUGCUCCGUGAGGCUCGAGCGCCUCCGCCACUCCCCGCGCGCGAGCCAGCCGUGUCCCGUGACGUCACACCGCGAGCCGCGCCCCGCCAGCAGUGUGCGGGACGUGACGUCACACCGCGGGCCGAGCCCCGCCAGCAGUGUGCAGGACGUGACGUCACACCGCGGGCCGAGCCCCGCCAGCAGUGUGCAGGACGUGACGUCACACCGCGGGCCGAGCCCCGCCAGCAGUGUGCAGGACGUGGCGUCACACCGCGAGCCGAGCCCCGCCAGCAGUGUGCAGGACGUGACGUCACAACGCGAGCCGAGCCCCGCCAGCAGUGUGCAGGACGUGGCGUCACACCGCGAGCCGAGCCCCGCCAGCAGUGUGCAGGACGUGACGUCACACCGCGGGCCGAGCCCCGCCAGCAGUGUGCAGGACGUGACGUCACACCGCGGGCCGAGCCCCGCCAGCAGUGUGCAGGACGUGGCGUCACACCGCGAGCCGAGCCCCGCCAGCAGUGUGCAGGACGUGACGUCACACCGCGAGCCGAGCCCCGCCAGCAGUUUGCAGGACGUGGCGUCACACCGCGAGCCGAGCCCCGCCAGCAGUGUGCAGGACGUGACGUCACACCGCGAGCACUUAGCGGAGAGUCCGUACGUUUGUGGAGAAUGCAAUAAGCGAUAUACAACAAAAUCCUAUUUGAAUAUACAUAGAAGAAUCCACACUGGAGUCAAACCAUUCAAAUGUAAAGAAUGUAACUUGCAAUUCGGACGUAAACAGACUUUACUUAGACAUGAAAUAACUCACAGUGGAGAGAAACCAUAUAAAUGUAUAGAUUGCAACAAUAUAUAUGCAUAUAAAGAAACAUUAGAUAGCCAUAUAAGACAUAAUCACCCGGGAAGUGCCAUGCCAUAUAAAUGUAAAAAAUGUAAUGAGCAAUUUACACGUCGAGAGAAUUUACAAAUGCACCGGAGAAUUCACGCUGGAGAGAGAUAUGUCUGUGACCAAUGUAACAAGCAAUUCACAAAGAAGAAAAAUAUAAUUAGACAUAUAAAAGUUCAUGCUCCAGAAAAGCCAGAAAAACGAUACGUGUGUCAAGCAUGUACCAAGAAGUUUACCCGUAAAGAUCAUUUAGAUAGACAUUAUAUAGUGACCCAUACUGGACGGAAAGCAUUUACAUGUAAGGUGUGUAACAAACAAUUUGCACUUAAAUAUCAAUUAUCUCAACAUGAAAGACACCAUAGUGAAGACAAACCAUAUAAAUGUAAAGAAUGUCACAAGCAAUACGCAGAAAGAAACCACUUAAAGUACCACGAAAGAGUCCAUAGUGGCGUAAAACUAUACAAAUGUAAGGAAUGUAACAAAGAAUUCGCGAAAAAGGCAUCUUUAGUUAACCAUGAAAAAAACCCUUGUGUAAUGAAACCGUACAAAUGUGAAAAAUGUAACAAGGAAUUCACACAAAAAAACAAUUUAACUUGCCAUGUAAGAAGCCACACUGAAGAAAACACAUACAAAUGUAAAAAAUGUAACAAGCAAUACACACACCAAAAUGCUUUACAUUAUCAUGAAGGAACGCAUAGGGAAGAGAAACCAUAUAAGUGUAAAGAAUGUGACAAGGGAUUCACAAAAAAACUAUAUUUAGUUAACCAUGAAAGAGUUCACACCGCAGAAAAAACAUAUAGAUGUGAAGAAUGUAACGAGGCAUUUACACAAAAAAGCAGUUUAAAUGAUCAUGUAAAAAUUAAACACGGCAAUAUACAAUUCAAAGAUAAUUUCGUUGCUUAUCAAAGACACGUCGAAACACAACUAUCCAGCUGUAAUGAACGUAACCAGCAUCUAAGUCAAAAAGAUAUUUUAGAGACACAUAAAAUGAGUCACGUCGGAGAGAAGCCGUAUAGAUGUGAAGAAUGUAAGAACCAGUUUACAUUAAAAUCUGAAUUAGAGAGACAUAAAAAAAUACAUACCGAUGAACAAUCAUACGAAUGCGAAAUAUGUGAAACAAUUUUCUUCGAUGAAAUAAGUUUAUUCCAACAUAUUGAAACACAUAAAUCCAGGAUACCGUAACAUAACCUCGUUAAGUUGUUUCGUAAAAGUGUUAAAUGUAAUAACUCAAUUCAAAUAUGGUCAUGCCACCUACAGAAA